GCCAAUUAAAACCCUUUGCAGUCAAGGUCUUCGAGCUCUUGUUCCUCUCCUGAUCGAAAUUCAACCCCUUGCUGCCGCUCUCCUGAGAAUUCUCUUCAGGUGGAUUACAGCUCCUGUUUCUUUGAAUUGCUCUUCGUUUUGGAUUGCUGCGGGCCAUCUGAGGUCUUUUCCUGUUCGGAGGAGUGCUUGAUUUCUGUUAAAAUGGAUGCUUUAAAGGCGGUUUCUCUGCCACCUGGUUUUGGCUUUCAUCCAACAGAUGUAGAGCUUAUAUCUCACUACCUUAAGAGAAAAAACUUAGGCCUAAAGGUUGACUUGGAAGUGAUUCCAGAGUUAGAUAUAUAUAAGCGCGAGCCUUGGGAUUUACCUGCAUGUUGUCAGAUCCCCACCAGAGACAGCAAGUGGCACUUCUUCACCUCUCGCGAUAGAAAGUAUCCAAAUGGUACACGCGCAAAUAGAGCCACGGAAGCAGGCUAUUGGAAGUCCACUGGUAAGGAUCGAAACAUCAGAUUCCACAAUCAGGUUAUAGGAACCAAGAAGACACUAGUUUUCCAUGAAGGCAGGCCACCCUAUGGAAAGCGCACAGACUGGAUCAUGCAUGAAUACUACAUGGAUGAAAAAGAGUGCAAGAAAACUCCUGGAAUGUUGGAUACCUAUGUCCUGUGUCGUGUUACGAAAAGGGAUGGCUUUGUAGUCGAAGGAGAGAAUGUGUCUGCCCGGUCUGAAGACAUUGAUGGUCAAAAAUUUGUGAAAGACUUGGAUUCAUCUCAGCACGAGGGAGUGCAACAAGAUAAAUCAAGCCCGUCUGAGAGUACAGAAGACCUGGACUCAUGGCUCAAUGAGCUGAUUGAUCCCAACUUUGAUGGAUCUGUUGAUUUCUACUGCUUAACUGAACUUCCUUCCUCUGUAGAGCCAGCGACAGAACUACAAGCUUCACAGACUAGAGUCAGUAAUCUAAUUCCGAAGGAUGAGCCAUUGGACUUUGGUUUCCUGCCAGAAGAUAUUUUGGGAAUCCUGAAGGACGACUUAAUCGUCAUGCCUGAGAUUACCGAAUUGUUGGCUGUUGAUCACAGUCCCACAAUAUCCCUCAACCAGCAAAGAAACUUUGGCGCUGAAGAUUUCAAAAAAGAGAUGCCUAAUCUUUCGCAAAACUCCAACUUUAUACAGAUAAGAGAACGCCACGAACGUCCUGUAGCUGACACUUUUCCCCACCGUGUCAAGCUUGUUCGAACCAAUAAGAUGGAAUCAAGGAACAGCUCAGCUGUUCGCCAGACCAUCAAAUGUGCACAAGUUGACCAUUGCAUCAGUGCAAACAGCAAGCUGAAGCAUCCAACGAAGUUGGAAGUGAAGGACGAGACAUCACGCAAAGAAUCAAAACAGAAUUACAAUAGAAUCAAAGCUGGCAUCGACUGCUAUUUUCUGCGUGCUUGCAUGAUUGGAGCUGCAGGUUUGAUCAUCUACUUUCUGUUCCGUGAUGCUGUUCAUAUCUCAGGGAACUUCCCUGUUCUUGAAUUGUAGAUUACUGUGUUGAAAAAUAGUUUAUGGCAUUCACAUAUAGGUUCUCGACUCACCAGUGUAGUUCAUUGUCAAUUUGACAUGGUAGGCUUGCGUUGUUCUGUUGACAGUCAUCCACUGUUUUUGCUUUGAGUUUUUUUGUACAGUAUAAAUUUGAAUAUUUUCUGGUUCCUCCAUGGUUUACUAGCAGCUGGAGGGGUUAUGGUUUAUGUAAUUAAUAUAUAUUUAAUAUUAUCAUAAUCAUGAUUAUGAUGAAUAAUUUAUUUGUUUA